AUGGCGAAACUGUUUUCCCACCAUGACAGGUACCAUUCUCAUGCAAUCCUCGGACUGUUGGCCUUGCUGCACUUUGCCUACCGAUUCUACACCCUUCUGGUGGAGCAGCGAGAGUCAUUUUCGCCGGGAUAUUGGUCAGCUGCCAGCCUUUUGGUACACGUGUUCUUGCAUGUGUUGAGUUUUCAGUUUGAGCUGCCAAGGAACCGGAUUUGGACCAAACCAAUGAUUUGGAGGGAGUUCCGGGUACACAACGCGAUUUUCGCCUAUCGGCACUUGGUCGGAUCUGCUUUGGGCAUUUGGGCUCCAGAAUGGUGGUGGCAAGCGCCAACAGCAACCUCCUUGGUUGUCAAAGUGGCUUUAGUUCUCGCUGCUUGCAAAGCGGCCGAUGUCGCCACUGAGAUGAUUGGAAGUACGGAAGAGAGAACGACCAACGCAAUGCCAUAUCCCAAAAGGACACCGGAAACAACAGAGCAGGUUGCCAAAACGUUCUACGCAAAAUCGCAGUUUGCAGCGACAACGAUUGCGGCUUUUGGGACUCCUUCCCUGUCGUUUUGCUCGGUUUUGGCAAUCGAGCUGGCAUCUUUACUGAUGACACUCGUGCGAAAGGGCAUCAUUGAGGCCAGAACCUACCACAUUGUCUAUGCCUUGUCGCUCUUCAUCAUGUUCCCGUGCCUGGUGGCUGUUCUCCACUCGGGAGAUGCUUGGGCCGAGCUGGCGGUCUUUCGAGGCUUGAUGGCUUGCGCCUUUGCAGUGGAUAUGCGCCUCAAGUACCGGUUGGGGAAGUACCUGACCUGGACUGUCUCCAUUCUCGCAGGGUACGUGGCGGCUGAGAUGCUGGCCAGUGUGAUGAACUUCAAAUGGAUUGCUUGGGUUGGCAUGCUUUGGUCUGCAGGGAGCACCUUGAGUGGUGACUGA